AUGCACAAAAUAUUGCGCUGUGCUUACAGAAAUAAACUAUAUAUUGGAGAAAAUACCCAAAACCGCACGAUUUUUGAUAUACUCAAAAAAAACUUUAUCCCUAUUUUGCACUUUCAUUCUGUAAAAACAAUGAUUUAA